AUGUACGACGAAGAGAUUGACGUAAAGGAUGCCGAGGAUGUCGACAGUGAGUCGUCUGAUAGCAGCAUCGACAACGACAGCAGUAGAGAUCUGAGGACGCCCAGUGCCAAGCAACGAAAAAUUUUGAUGUCCAGUGGUUCAGGUCGGAGGUCCAGGUCCAGACUCAGAGCCGUGGAUUACGAAGAAGUGGAUGCGGCCGUGAAAGAAGAUCCAGACAGUUUUGACGUGCACGAAGCUCAGAGGUAA